CGGAUGCUCAUUCGUAUUUCCCAUUCAGAGCGGGCAACACCCCGACUUUGGCUGAGCUCAUUUUUUCGGCUCAUCUUUUAGUUAUAUGUUCUCUUGUAACUCGAACGAAAAUAAAAAGAAAAUUUAAAUUUUAAGUCAUUGAGCGGAAAGCAUCUAUUUAGCAAACGGCAAAAGCAGAAAUGUGCGGCGGCUGGGCGUGUGCUUCAUAUGGCAUUGCAUGCAACAAUCAUCGUUUGUCCAACAUGCGGUAUACCGGCCGCUGUUUUGCGCCAACCCCUUGCGGCAUCUUUGACAAUUGCUCUGCAGGUGGCUGUGGUGGCGGCUGUGGCGGUGGCUGCUGUGGCGGCGGUUGCUCUGGUUGCGGUUGGUAGCAAACGCACAACAUAACAAAAGAACUAAUUUGGGCACCGCUAACGGGGAGCUGCGAAAAUCUGAAUGAAGCUAGCCUUGAAUUUUUGGAAUAUGAUUUUAAGUCGACACAAUGAUGCCGCAAGGUAGAUUCAGAUCAGUCUGAGUCUUGUGUCGUGAGCGCAUACGGCUCCCUUCAAAAUUUUAUACUGAGACUAAAAUCAAAAUCUAUUGUCAAAGAUGUGUGGUGGCUGGGCUUGCGCCUCUUAUAGCCUGGCAUGUAAUAAUCCACCUUUAUCCACUACGCGUUUCACUGGUCGUGAUUUCAUACCCACGCCAUGUGGACCCUAUGACAAAUGUUGUGUUGCGGAUACCAGCUGCAAUAGAGGAAAUUGCAUGCGUCAUCAAAACAUUACAGUUGAACUGACACCAUGCGCGGAGCUGACCUCGUCAACAAAAUCAGAAUCUGUUCCCAACAAGCAAGCCAGGGAUAAUUGGCAAUCCGUUUAUAAUAAAGUCAAAUGUAUUCGGGAAUUAGCUGCCAAGCCCAUCUAACAAUAGAUUUUAAAGUUAUAUUU